AUGCUCGUCGUUGGAAGUGUAAACAUGCUUUCUCUGCUUGGAAGCCGCAUGCUUCUACGUCUGAAAGAAGCGGCGGGAGAAAGGCUGGAUCGCGAUGCUAGCUUUCGAAUCUCAGCAAAUCUGAGCAUUGCGGAAUUUCGGGCUUACACUACUGCUUGCCCUGGGCUUAUUGAGGACGAAGAACACUUGGAAGACGUAAAUGUACCCAAUAUGUAG